AAAGAAAAACAUGCUCACGCUCUGGUGAAACUGGUUUCACCUCUAAACUUCCAAUCACCGAGUUUGACCGGUGGAUCCACCCUAACUGUGAAAUGCAUCUGGAGCAGCAGGAGACAGCAGACACUCAAGGAACAGCUGAAGGAAGGGAAGUGAUCAUGGCACAUCAGAAUGUGGAGUUUGUGCGAACAGGCUACGGAAAGAACAUGGUGAAGGUGCUCACCAUCAGGAGAGAGCGGAACCAACACAGCAUCAUUGAGCUGAAGGCGGACGUCGAACUGACGCUCAGGUCACGCAAGGACUACCUGACAGGAGACAACGGAGACAUCAUCCCGACGGACACCAUCAAAAACACGGUGCACGCACUGGCCAAGCUGAAGGGGGUGCACACCAUUGAGCAGUUUUCUCUCGACAUCUGUCAUCACUUCUUGACCUCUUUUAACCAUGUACUUCGAGCCAAGGUUUACAUGGAAGAGGCCCCGUGGAGACGUUUGGAAAAGAACGGAGUAGAGCAUGCUCACGCUUUUAUCCACAGUCCGGAGAGCUAUCGCUUCUGUGAUGUUGAGCAACAUCUUAAUGGUGAGCCGGUGGUUCACAGCGGAAUAAAGGACAUGAAGGUGUUGAAGACCACUCAGUCUGGUUUUGAAGGUUUCCUACGGGACCGCUUCACCACACUGCAAGAAACCAAGGACAGGUGUUUCUGCACCUCUGUCUACACCAGAUGGCGCUUCAACAAACUCAGAGACGUCAACUUUGACGCAGUAUGGAAAUCUGUGAGAGAUGCGAUUAUCGAAAAGUUCGCCGGCCCAUACGACAGAGGAGAGUUUUCGCCAUCGGUGCAGAAGACGCUUUACGAGACGCAAGUUCUCGUCCUGGACAGAAUUCCUGAGGUGGAUGAGAUUGAGAUUGUUAUGCCAAACCAGCAUUACUUCACCAUUGACAUGACAAAAAUGGGGCUCAACAACAAAGACGAAAUCCUGCUUCCUCUUGACAGCCCGUCAGGGAACAUCACUGGGACUGUGCGCCGGAAGCAGCGAGCCAAACUGUGAGACAAGACAAGAAGCAGAAACCAACAACAUUCACGGCAAAAUGAAAUGAGCACUUGCAUCUUGCUGAAGCCAAAUACAUAAAUUGGUGAUAAAAGAGCACCAUUUAUUGCAAAUCUCGACUGCUGCACAUACACGUUCAUUCACAAUUCAAUACAUUUUUUUUGCAUGAAUGUUAGAGCACCACGAGUAGAAACACUGUGUACAGAAAAUAUUUUCAUAUCAAACAUUAUUGAGCCGAUGCAAUCUAGUUUUUCAAGAAGUUUGGCUCAGAUCUCUUGGGAAAAGAUACUGGGCAGCUCUUAGUUCCAGCUGCACGUUUUGCAGGAUAGAAAUGUAAAUAAACAGACAUCAAGAAUAUUGUCUUCUCAGCUGUCAGCAUUACCUGAUCCAUCACAAUUCAAUUGUCACUAUAUAUAAUCUUAUGUACAAAUACUUUUAAAACCAUGAUAGGUUAAUUUAACAUUGCACACAAACACUACAGAAAACAUCUCAAAUCAAGGGCUGCAACUCAAGUCGACUAAUAGACUAGUCACCAAUUAUCUUUAUGUACUGGUUGACGAACACGCUGACAUUGCAAUGUUGAAAAUGUGACAUUCAAUUGGGCAAAAUGUGGUGACAGGCAAUGAGUGUGUCUCCACGAUUUUAACAACAAUGUUAUUGUUGAGUCAAAAAAAUAACUAAAUAAACCAACAAAAAAUGAAAAAAAAAAGAACUGUAACACCUUCCGUCCGUUACGUUUUGGUAUUGAAUUGUGCGAGUGACAGCGCUCUGCAGCGUGAGUGGCAGGUACGCAGCACAGCUGAGGAGGAUGCUAUUGCUGGAUCGAAUGUACAUUGUACAACCCAUUUUUCAAAGGAGCGUGGGACAUAGCUUGAACCCGUCAGUGACAUUAAUCCAGUGUCUGCCUCCCUGAAGCUCCAAAUUGUACAUUUACCUUUAGUGUUUGAUGUGUGCAUUGUGAAAUUUUUCCAUACUUUGGAUGUUUUUGUUGUCAUUUCUGGUACUGUGCUUACUCACGCAUGAGCACAAAAGAAAGCGACGACAUCACGAUGUGUCGAAACACUAAUCCGUCUGAGACUAAUUUAAUAGUCGACUAGUCGCAGCAGCCCUACUCAUAUCCCAACUCAGUAAUUUAAAUAAAACACAAAAGAAUACCUCAAGCAGCAGGAAUAAGAAUGGCAAAAUGGGCCCCUGUGCAAACCGGAUUUGGGGUCCACUCAUAUUAAAAAAAAAAAAAACAGUAAUGAAACACAGCAAGGCCAGUUUCUAACUGGUAUAUCGAUUGUCACAAGGUUCAGAAGCUUAGGCUGCGCUAAGAGGCGCUGCUCUUCAAGUGUUGCGUUUGCAGUGGCUUCACAUGGUACUCGUAGAUCUUCAGGGCGGGGCCCAGUUUUAUCGACAGCCCAGUCAGGACGUCGUUACGUGUCAUCAAGAGCAGCGAUUUACCGUCAAUUUCCUAAAGAUGAAGAGGAGAGAGAAUAAGCGGGGUUGACUUUUAACAGAGGGGGCUUUUCAAACCUGAUCCUGGAAAGCUGUGGCCUGCUCUUCGAACCCUGUAGCUUUAAAGUAAUUGACGACGUCCACAACCGCCCAGUUGGCCGGGUCGGGCAGCUGACCGUUUUCAACAGGGCUGGAGCUGUGAAGUGGAGGCGGAGGAAGAAAUUAAUUCCACAUUUACAGCAGUUCCUUUUACUCAACCCUCCACGUACCUUUUGUUUUCAACGGAGCCAUUUGUUUUUUCUUCCAUGACAGCUGCAGCAACACACAAAGAUUGUAAUGCUAACAUCUGAAACAGGGUUUGGUGCAGCGUCUGCUCUGGCAGAAACUCCAUUUGUUCAAAAUAAUACACUCAACAUGCAAGGUGUAUCAAAGGGAUUUGGCGUAGAAAUGAAUAAUGGAAGUAAAGGAAGAAAGAUAAAGAGGAAGACAACCACUGAAGUUUGUGGAUGUGAUAACCGAGGGCACAAAGAGGAGCGGGGUGACUGAAGAGGAUGAUCAAGAUAGGUUUAGGGGGAGGAGGCUAACUUGCUGUGGCAAACCCUGGAGACAAAGAAGACUAUAUUACAUAGUAAUACAUAAAGUAUGGAACAUGAAGUACAGCCAAAUUGGAAAUUGGAAAUGCUGUAAGGGCCACAAGAAGAAGCUGUGUUUACACAAAAUGAAUGAGAGGGAAUAAAAAAAUGUUUAAAAGUGUUUAAUUACAUAUUAUCAUUUGUCCAGGAGUUUGCUAAAGUCAUUGUCUAACUCAGGGGUGGGCAAUUCAGGCCUGGAAAGGUACAGUGUCAUGACACUAUCCUAUGUGUCACGGGAUAGUAUCAUGUCAUGGCAAGUGUCAUCAUCCCAUGGCAUAAUUGUGAGCUUAAAAUGAGUUGUUUUAUAAUGUAUCAUUUCAUAUCAUUUAAAGAUUCCCAAUAUAAAUAAUAAAUCAUAAAGCUUCUGGGUAAAAAAAGAGAACUACUACAAAAAAUCUUCAAUACCUAUUUAUUUUGAGGGGAAAAAAUACAAAAAUUACUGAUAUAAAAGACUAAUUAUGAAAGGAAAGGGAAAGGACUAAAGCAAAAUUUAAAAAAAAGAAAAAUAAUGAGUUAUAUUUGGAAUUCAAAUCGUAUUUGUGUUGUGUCUUGCGCAGACCUCAUGAGAGCAACAUGAACACAGCUAUGCGGUCACAUGUGGUACCCAGGCUGUAUUUGUCCACUUCUGCUCCAAAUACCAGCUACCACAUACAUUUUUUUCUUGAUGUUAAGAGAAACCAAUGAUGACUCUCACUCCUCACUUCUCACUUCCCUCAUGGUAUUCGAUCAAAGCCUACUACUUUUUCAUAUCAUAGAAACACACUCUUAAACACAUUUCAUUCUCUGCUGCGUGCCUCAUGUUUGUAAAGGAAAAUAAAUGAAUCAGUGUUUUGAAUUCCA